AUGGAGCAUAAUGAGCAGAUAAAGAAAUCCAAGCCAGCGGAAGGACAAGGCAAAUCACAGGAUAAAGAAACAGCAACCGUCAACCCUCAUGAGCCUCUCAUAACUUUUCCACAAAGGCUAAAGAAGCAGAAGUUGGAACAACAAUAUAAAAAGUUUCUAGAAGUUUUCAAAAAGCUUCACAUAAGGAUCCCAUUCGCCGAAGCAUUAGUACAGAUGCCUAAUUAUGCAAAAUUCCUAAAAGACAUCCUAUCAAAUAAACGCAAGCUAGAGAAACAUGAGACGAUCAUGCUAACUGAGAAAUGCAUCGCCAGAAUUCAGAAGAAGCUCCAACUGAAAUUGAAAGAUUCAGGGAGUUUUACUAUCGACGUGAUUGACAAGGUGGUUCAAGACUCAUUUUUGCUACGUUAUCUAUCAUAUGCUUAUAAAGCUUACAUUGCACACUCUCAGUCCACGCAUUCCGAUUCAGUGGAGAUGGAAACAUGUGCAAGAUUUUUGGAUACCAACCCACCUUAUACACGCAAAAGGCAUUUUGAGGAGUUUGGGAUAGGACCCAUGGAGCCACUACCAUCCAUUCAGCAGCCACCGAAAUUAGAACUCAAGCAACUGUCGCCACAUCUCCAAUUGCUCAGCGCAGUGGAAGAAGAGAAACUCCUUAGGGUACUCAAGGAAAAUAAAACAGUAAUUGGAUGGACUAGAGCAGAUAUCAAAGGGAUCAACCCUUCACUAUGUAUGCAUACGAUUCUCAUAGAGGAGAAUUUUCGGCCAACCAUAGAGAGUCAAAGGAGGUUGAACCCAAAUAUGAAGGAAGUGGUCAGAGCAGAGGUACUCAAGCUUCUAAAUGCAGGAAUCAUAUAUCCAAUAUCAGAUAGUGUAUGUACCAACCCAGUUCAUGUGGUGCCAAAGAAAGGUGGAAUCACAGUAGUGUCGAAUGAGAAAAAUGAGCUAAUUCUAACCAAAAUAGUAACGGGAUGGAGGGUUUGCAUCGAUUACCAUAAACUCAAUGCAGCUAUAAGGAAAGAUUAUUUUUUCCUUCCGUUUAUUGAUUAG